AUGAAUUCAUCAAUAUUUCAAAGUCAAAUAGAAUCUUCUUUCGAUCGAUUAGAUCGGCUAAAUUUACGAUAUCAACGAGAAAAUGUUUUGAAAAAUCAACAUUAUCAAGAUUUAGUUCAUCGACAUUAUCCACAUUACAAAUUAUGUGAACCACCACAGAAUUAUAAUUUAAUCUUUAUACAUAAGCAGACAUCCACGAAAAUUUUAAAUCAUGUCAUUCAGGUAGCUUUUGAUACAUAUAACUUUAUUCUUGAUACACAACACGAAAUGGAACCAUGUCCAUGGGCUAGUAAAUCUAUACCAUCAUUAAUAUAA